UUAGAAGAAUAUCUCAGCUCUGUAGGUCCAUACAAUGCAGAACUUUGAAGGUCCAAAAAGCAUAUAAAGGCAGCAUAAAAGUAAUCCAUAAGACUGCAUUUAUGGCAAAAAUCAACAAAAUCAUGUCAACAACAAAUCAUUUACAUUAUAUUUACAUUUAGUCAUUUACAUGAUGCUUUUAUCCAAAGCGACUUUCAAAUGAGGAACAAUGCAAGCAAUUUGUCAUACAAAUACAGUGGCGGACUGGCCAUUGGGGCGCCGCGUUAUGCAGAACGCGCCACUAAACGGCGCCCCGAUAUGCGGAAGGGGGCAGCGAUAUGCAGAAAAGGACAGCAAUUGCGUAUUAUUCAAACCACACUGAAAACCAUUCCACAGGUAUUCCCCAUCCGUUGCAAGGAUUUCCUUGGUGGAAAGAAGAAAACUGCUUGAUAUAUUUGCUUCAAAGACUUUACAGCAGCGGCUGUAUCUCCGUUAGGGUUUCGGUUGAAGUUAGUUUUACUGUUGGUUCUCAGGCACACCUAUUGAUUCUCUUAUCUAAGAGGGCGUGUCCGAAACGAGUCUAGAAAGCGAGGAAUCACCUGAGAUCAUUACACUAGCGGCACACCGGCCACAGAGGUGUAAAAUGGGGAAAGCAGGUGGACGAUGGGAAUUUGAAUGGGUCUACAAUGAGCAACCGCAUACGUGGAGAAGAAAAGAAAUAUUAGCAAAGUAUCCAGAAAUCAAGUCUUUGAUGGGUCAUGACCCCCAGCUAAAGUGGGUCGUGUCCGGAAUGGUAAUCACCCAGCUCUUGGCAUGUUACAUGGUCCAUGACCUCUCUUGGAAGUGGGUGUUGUUUUGGGCAUAUGCAUUUGGUGGCUGCAUUAACCACUCUCUGACCCUAGCCAUCCAUGACAUUUCACACAAUGUGGCCUUUGGCAACAAACAGGCACGCUGGAACCGCUGGUUUGCCAUGUUUGCCAAUCUGCCCAUUGGCUUACCUUAUUCAGCUUCUUUUAAGAAGUACCACAUUGACCACCAUCGGUAUCUUGGAGGAGAUGGGUUGGAUGUGGAUAUUCCUACUGACUUUGAGGGCUGGUUCUUCUGCACCCCAAUGAGGAAGGUGAUCUGGCUUUUUCUCCAGCCUUUGUUCUAUGCACUCCGUCCUUUAAUUGUGAACCCCAAGCCCGUGACCAGGUUGGAGAUGACGAAUGCAGCAGUGCAGUUUGUGGUCGAUAUUGUCAUCUACUAUUUUUGGGGCCUCAAGCCUAUAGUGUACCUCAUCUCUGGGUCUAUACUGGGCAUGGGCUUACACCCCAUCUCUGGACACUUCAUCGCUGAACACUACAUGUUCAUGAAAGGUCAUGAAACCUAUUCUUAUUACGGCCCCCUCAACUACAUAACCUUCAAUGUGGGAUACCAUAUGGAGCACCAUGACUUCCCCAGCAUUCCUGGCAGCAAACUACCUGAUGUCAAGAGAAUUGCAGCAGAGUACUAUGACACACUCCCUCAGCACACAUCCUGGAUACGAGUUCUGUGGGACUUUGUAUUUGAUGAUAGCAUUGGCCCCUAUGCCAGAAUCAAAAGACAAUACAAACUAGGCAAAAAGGAAUAAUUCGGUAUUAGAUUACUUACCAAACAUAACACAAAGUAUUUAUACAACAUACAAAGCAACAAUUGAGACAUAAUUGGCCAUUUCAGGCCAUUUAGCUUUUGUAGGGGAACAAAAAUGUUCACAUAGUGAUCAUAAAAAGGGCUAACAAAGAGUGAGCUGCACCUGCAAACUUCUUAAUUCUAUCUCAAGCAACCACUACAUCGUAGAGAUCAAUACUUAUGGGAUGUAUUUGAAACAACUUGCAUUCCCUGCACUCAGGGUCAUGUUGAUUCAUGAUCAAAAUAUUGUUUGCAUGUAUAAAAUUCCAGUUAACCAUCUCAAUGUUUUCAUAUAUUCAUCCCUAAAUAAAACAUGAAACUUGUUAACAUAUUUUAGAUUUGUUCCCAUGGUAUACACGUUCAACUAAAAGAGAAUCUUGCCAUCUUCACAUCCAACUUUAUCCAAUGACUGAGACGCCCCACUGGGCGUACCUGAGGAAGGAAGUGCUGAGAUGAUAUGUGCAUUUAAGUUAACUUAAAAUGCUGUUUCAUCUGUGACGCCCUUUUUGAAAACUUAAUGUUUAAUAGUGUUUUGCACUGUUGCAUAAUUAAAAAAUUAUUAUUAUUAAAAAAUA